GGAGACAAUGAAGGAUUGUUCUUCGAUUUACCCGAAUUUAGAAACCCAAAUUUUACAAAUUUCUCUCGAUUUUUCCCAGAUUUCACUCUCUUUUCCUCAAUUUCACGGUUUCCCCUGAUUUCUCACAGGCCCCCUCCUCCCCCUUUGCACCACGGGCUACCAUGACUUUUAUAGACGAAGUGGGCUCAUCUGCUCCACCGUCAGAUAAUUUCUUUCCUUUUCAGCCAUCGAUUGCUAACGGCCUUGCCAAGGUACAGUGCUUCGUUGGACAGGACGCGAGUCUCCUACAGCUGGCUUUGGUACUAGCAAGUGAGGUACGGCCACGUCGCAGACGCUACCUUCUCCUGAAUCGGCCUUCCCAUGGCAAUCUGCUUUGAUUAAUUUGGAUUUGGGAUGAAAUCCUUAGGCCCCCUGCAAAUCACAACUUAAGGGAGGAAGAAGACCCGAUGGCUUUUAAUUAGAUUUAGGGCUCAGCAAAAAAACGACGUUGUUUAAUUAAGCGAGGGAAUAAAUCUUGUCCUUCAAC